AUGUCUUCAUUAUACUCAAGUUUGGAGUGGAUUGGGGCGGCGAGUAGAUUGUGUUUCUCGAAUGCUCGCUUCAACUCUCUGAUAUUCAUUGUGGUGUUGGUCAGUCCAGUGGGUGCCACCUACUCACUCGAACCAAGGAAGUCCCGAUUGGGGGGAUGUGAGGAAAAGGCUGAAAAAUGCAAAGAGACCGACCUCGUCUACUACCAUUGCUGCCACGGCGAUUGCUGUGCGCAUUUCCAGCCGUUGCCGUACAUUGCUUUGUGGAUUAUCGGAGCAUCGCUCAUCAUGUUUUGCUGUUGCGGUUGUUGCAUACGCUGCUGUGGUUGCGGGAAGAAGGACAAGGGCUACCGUCCGACACUUCCAUAU